GUCUGCGCCCUUAGCAAGGUGGUAAAUAAGCUGCAAUAUUGCAGCACGCGUUAACAAACAAUUUAUUGAUAGUUUGAAGGCAACGAAGUGCUAAAAUUUGGCUUGUUAUGACCACAGCAAUGUCUCCGAUAACAGGGAUACACUGACGGUAGCUUUCAAUUGUUUUGCUAGCACUGUAAAGUUUAUUCUUACUCUGUCAAUGAUCUUAUGGUUGAACCCAGCCAUAAAUACAUCUCAAAUGAGCUUUCCUCUGUUACCAGAUAAUCUUGUAGCUUUAACGGUAAAUCUAUGCUUGGAUAUUAAUCUUAGCCUUCGGAUAUAGCUCCCUAAAACGGAAUUUGACCAAAAAUUGAAGUUUAUCAAAUUAAUGCGCGUUAAUUUUACAACUCUCGCAGAAAUUAAGAUAUUAUAGUUUUGUACGCUCUGUCUUCUAAAAUAACGAAUGUGGUGCAUGUUCUUUGGGUAAAUAACAAGGAGAUUUUAAACCUAAAAUAUAUUGGGGAAAAAACUGGCCUACAGAGCAGCAUGCUCCAAAGGCAAAUGAAUUCUGAUUCUGAUUGCUCCACUGUUACAUAAAGAGCAAUUAAGUAAAAUAUACAAUGGCUUAUAGGAGACUUGGAAGCCUUCUAUCGAGAAGAAGACGUGAGUGGAUACCUGACUUUCAAAACCAUCAUUUAAUCGGAAAAACUGUUUGCAAGCAACCCUCUCAUCAAUAUGUCAGAAACCAAAAACUUCUUCAUACGGGGAAACCGGUCAUGAUGAUGAAGCUGCUGUCAGUGGAUGAGCUAUUUGCCAAAAGAUCUCUGCAAGAGCAUCUGCAAAAGGUCGAGAAGGAGUAUAACGAGUGUUUAAAGGCAGUCACUUAUAGUGUGACAGAAGAUGGGUGCAGUGAAGAUGAAAUGAAGGCCAAGAGAACCAGAAUAUCCCUGCUGGCUCCUCUCAUCCAGAGCAUCUGUGAGCUGGACAAGAAGCAAAAAGAGAUCUCAGAGACUGAGAUGCUCCUGAAAGAUGACGAUGCAGCCCUGCGAGAACUGGCUAAGCUGGAAAGAGAAAGCUGUUUUCAAGAUAUUCAAGAUCUGAGACAAAAGGUCCUGGAGCUGCUGAUCCCUGAGGAGGAAGCUGAUAUGAGUGAUCUGGUUCUGGAAGUCACAGCUGGGAUUGGUGGUCAGGAGGCCAUGCUGUUCACCGCUGAGAUGUUUGACAUGUACGAGGGCUUCGCUCAGUACCACGGCUGGUCCUUCGACGUCCUGGAGCACAUGUCCAGCGAUUUAGGCGGACUACGGCACGCGUCAGCCAGCAUCAGCGGCCUGCAGAGCUACAAAAAGAUGAAGUUUGAGGCAGGAGUUCAUCGAGUUCAGAGGGUUCCCAAGACUGAAAAACAGGGACGUAUGCACACCAGCACCAUGACUGUGGCUGUCCUGCCCCAACCUACUGAGAUUUCUUUCACUAUAAACCCAAAGGAUCUGAAGAUAGAGACAAAAAGAGCAAGUGGGGCUGGCGGUCAGCAUGUGAAUACAACAGACAGCGCAGUCAGAAUAGUCCAUCUUCCAACAGGUGUGGUUGCAGAGUGCCAACAGGAGCGCUCCCAGCUGAAGAACCGGGAGAAGGCCAUGAAGGCUCUGAGAGCAAAACUGUACAGCAUGAAGCUGGAGGAGGAGACCAGCAAGCGUUACAACCAGCGAAAAGUCCAAAUCGGCACCAGAGGCCGAUCUGAAAAGAUCCGGACCUACAACUACGCUCAGGACCGUAUAACAGACCACCGCAUCAGCAUGACUGUGCACGACGUCAAAAGUUUCCUGUUGGGAGAGGAUCUGUUGAACGAGAUGAACUCCUCGCUGCAGGAUUUCUCCAAUCAGGAGACGCUCAUGGAGCUGCUGGAAGGGGGCAGUCAGGAGGAGCCAUGAGUUUGGGUAGAGAGGAAACUUUAUAAUGCUACACUGAUAUUGAUCACUUGCACUCUGCUUUGAAUUCUCAUCAAUAUUUGCCAUGACACAUUGAACUUAGGUUGAAGUACUUUCUCCAAACUAAAAGACUGUGGAACUUGAGUACAUGGAUUUGUAUUAGUAAAAAUAUUAUGCAUUUUUGAAAGAUUGUUAUGGUUUUACUUUCAAGUUUUUGAAAUUAUCCACAGUUUAAGUGAAGAUGUAAGGUAUGUUCUGUUGUUUUGACAUCAUAAAUGUGUCUCUUUAUGAACUGUCUGA